AUGGCGUUCUUGGUGGCAUUGCUGUUGCACAUUUCCUUUCAGCUUUGCCUCGGCCAGCUCAUCCACUACUACCGGCGGCCGAAAGAAGAGGCGAAGCAACGCAUUGCGCUAGAGGCGGCCCGUCGAGGAUGCAGUGCGGCGCCGGUCAUGCCCCGGAAGGGCUUCUUCGGGUUCGGCCGACUGAUCGAGGGCCUGCGCGCGACUCGCAACGACCGAGGCCCGCAGUACGUCAUCGAGGCGCUCGACGGGGAGAUGGGCACCGACGUGCACACGGCCGUGGUGCCCAUGUUUGACUAUGACCUCAUCGUGUCGCGCGACCCGGUCAACGUGCAGGCCGUGCUGGCCACGCAGUCGGCGGACUGGGACAUCAGCGAGCACCGCGCCGCCAGCUGGCUGCCCUUCGUCGGCCUGGGCAUCUUCACGUCGCGCGGCGAGCAGUGGAAGCACUCGCGCGCCCUCGUCCGGCCGCAGUUUGCCCGCGACCAGAUCAACGACCUCGACCUCUUCGAGCGCCACGUGCAGCACCUCUUCGCGGCCAUCGACCGGCACCGGUACCAGGGCGGCAGCGACGAGACCGAGACCGACAAGGGCUGGACCGGAGCCUUCGACCUGCAGCCGCUGUUCUACAACCUCGCGCUGGACGUCAUGACCGAGAUGCUGUACGGCUACUCGGUGCACUCGCAGAACCCGGCCGAGCGGAUCGAACUCCCCACCCUGCCCGGCUACGACCCCCCGGACCGCGAGAACAUCGGCAAGCACAUGGACGCGGGCAAAGCCUGGGUCGAGACGCGCGGCGCCUUCUGGAAGUACCGCUGGCUGCUGCCCUCCGGCCAGUUCCGGAAGCACUGCGCCGCGGUGCACAGGUACGCCGAGUGGUUCGUGCAGCUGCGGCUGCGGCGCGGCGGCGAGGCCGACGACUACCUCAGCGGGCUGCAGCAGCACAGCACGGGCGCCGCCGCCGCCAACAACAACAAGGACGACCGCUACGUGCUGCUGCACGAGCUGGCCAAGUCGACGCAGGACCCCGUCGAGCUGCGCAGCCAGACGCUCAACGUGCUCACCGCGGGCCGCGACACCACCUCGGCCCUCCUGGGCUGGGUGUUUUACCUCCUCUGCCGCCACCCGCGCGUCUGGGCUAGGCUGCGGGAGGAGGUGCUGGCCCAGUUUGGUGCUGACGUCCCGCAAGCCGGCAGCCGCCAGGGCAGUACUACCACUACCACCGCCACCACCACCACUACUACUAGUACCAGUGCUACUACUAGUGCUAGUGGCUUCGGGUUCAGGCAGGUGCGUGACGCGAUGCCGUACAUGCACGCCGUGAUCAACGAGACGCUGCGCGUGGCGCCCGUCGUGCCGCUGAACGACCGCAUCGCGCUGAGAGAUACCGUGCUGCCGAGGGGAGGGGGUCCCCAGAGGGACCAGCCCGUGUUUGUGCCCAAGGGCACGCAGAUCCUGAUCCCGACGUAUGCCCUCGCGCAGAGGCCGGAUAUCUGGGGACCCGAUGCCGCCGAGUUCAGGCCGGAGCGGUGGCUGGAGAAUGGUGGGCGGAAGCAGCAUGGCUUUGAGUUCAUCCCCUUUGGCGGAGGCGUGCGGCAAUGCUUGGGUCAACAGUUUGCCCGUAUCAAGUCGGCGUAUGUGAUUAUUCGGAUGAUGCAGCGAUACGACCAGGUCGCGAACGCCGAGUCGCCACCGGAUGCGCCCAUGCGCUUCCACCAUACUAUCGAGAACAGAAGUGGCAGUGGUGUCCAGGUACAUAGCAGUACAACUCUGAGGAGUGCGGAGGAAGUUGACAGGCUCCCAUUUUCCAGCAUCUUUAUAUACGCAAACAAGACCCUCAAGGGCCACAAGCUCCUGGUCCUCGCCCCCUGGAAAGAACCGGACGGCUUCCUAGCCGAACUCGCCGCCGAGUUCCCGGACCUGCAGGUCGUCUACCGCAUGCAACAACUACAAGUGGCCGCAGCCGGUCUGCCAUCCGAAGCUGAGCUGCCGGAGGAAACGUGGCAGGACGUUACCAUCCUCUUGACCUUCGCCAACCUGCCCCGGCCAGAGCAGGCGCCGAAGCUGGCGUAUGUCCAGCUGAUGAGCGCCGGGGUGAAUCACCUGCUGGAUACGCCGCUGUUUAGGGAUACUGAGGUGGUGUUUUGUACGGCGAAUGGGGUGCAUGGGCCACAGAUCUCCGAGUGGAUCAUCACCACCUACCUGGCGUUUGAGCACCGCGUGCCGGAGUAUCUCGAGCUCCAAAAGAAAGCCCACUGGGACCGGAGCGGCGUGAUGUCGAUCGAGGAUGCCGUCAGUAAGACAGUCGGCAUCCUAGGCUACGGCAGCAUCGGCCGGCAGACCGCCCGCGUCGCCGCAGCUAUGGGCAUGACCGUGCACGCGUAUACCCUGCACCCGCGCCCGACUCCCGAAUCCCGCCGCGACCACGGCUGGACGCCCCCCGGACUACAGGGCGAUCCCGAGGGCAGCCUGCCCGCAAAAUGGUUCUCGGGCGCCAAGACGGAGGACCUGCACGCCUUCCUCGCGUCGGGCUUGGAUCUCCUGGUUGUCGCCACCCCGCUGACGCAGCGCACGCAGCACCUGCUUGGGAAGGCUGAGUUUGAAGUCUUAGGAUCCUCUGGUGCUGGUGGUGCUGGUGAGGGAAAGGGAAAGGGGAGGACGUUCGUGUCCAACAUUGCUCGCGGCCCAGUCAUUCAGACAGAGGACCUUAUGGAUGCGCUUGAGUGUGGGUUGAUCAGAGGUGCGGCGCUGGACGUGACCGAUCCGGAGCCGCUGCCGGACGGGCACCCGCUGUGGAAGGCGAAGAAUGUCAUUAUUACACCGCAUGUGUCGGGGGCGUCGACGAGGUAUUUUGAGAGGGUUCUGGCGAUUCUGGAGUGUAACCUAACGCGGCUGGCGGCGGGGGAGGAGUUGGUGAAUCGGGUUGAUCGGAAGAGGGGGUACUAG